GAUAGCGCCGCGGCGUGGAAGGAGAGACUCGAGUCGUCACUCGUGUUGUAGCGCUGAUGAAGUGCGUACGACUUUUUGUCAGUUGUGCGGGCAUCGGCGAGUGUUGAGUGUGUCGUAGAAUUGGUCCAUUCGAAAAAGAAACACAGUUUCUUUCCAACCAUGGGUGGAUAUGCAUGGGUUACAUUAGCCACCAAUGAUGCCUACUCUUUGGGAGCAUUAGUUUUGGCACACUCUCUACGCCGAGUUGGUACCAAGUAUGAAUUGGCUGUCUUGGUUACUCCUGGAGUAACGGAAGUAAUGAGGGAAAAAUUAUCAGCCGUCUUUUCUGUAGUAAUGGAAGUGAAUGUACUCGAUUCUAAAGAUGAAGCUAAUUUGGCACUAUUAGCUAGACCAGAAUUGGGUAUUACAUUUACAAAACUUCAUUGCUGGAGAUUGACACAGUUUGAUAAAUGCGUCUUUCUUGAUGCAGACACGCUUGUGGUCAGAAAUUGUGAUGAGUUAUUUGAAAGAGAAGAAUUGUCUGCUGCCCCCGAUGUAGGCUGGCCCGACUGCUUUAAUUCUGGUGUUUUUGUAUACAAACCAUCUCAACAAACUUUUGCAUCCAUCACCGCGUUUGCCGCUGCUAAAGGUUCGUUCGAUGGCGGUGAUCAGGGUUUAUUGAACAUGUAUUUCAGUGACUGGGCCCACAAAGAUAUUUCGAAACAUCUACCAUUUAUAUAUAACAUGUGUUCCACCGCUGCAUAUUCCUACCUUCCUGCAUUCAAACAGUUUGGAGAUGAUGUCAGGAUAAUUCAUUUCAUUGGUAUCACCAAACCUUGGUUACAGUAUUUUGAUACUUUAACUGGUAUUGUUCAACCACCAAUGGAGGCUACACAUUUGCAACCAUUAUUACAAUUGUGGUGGAAUAUAUUUUGUGAAAAUGUGCAUUCUCAAUUAUCCCCUGUUAUGGCCACCAGCACAUUGGCACCAAUUUGGCACGAAUUUUCUCCUAUGCCUUUUCGAUCCCCUGUUCCCAAUAGUCCUUUUUGCACAGACAUACAAGACAAACCACAGAACGACAUUUACAUAGAACCACCGGACUUCUCAGAAUUUAAAGAUCCAUGGGAAAAUUAUUGCGUGCAAAAUGAUCCAGUUAUCCAUCAACAAGGAGACAAUAAUGAAACUCAACAGUAUUAUUCCACAAUUGACAGACCUUCACCUAUAACUAUAUUAAGUGAUACGUUUAAUUCUGUACAACCCGUUCAUCAGACUCAUUAUGAAUCACCACUAGAACAUAAUAGGGAGGUGUUGUUUCAUAAAACACAACAUAACGAUUAUAAUUCUUCUCUUUCGUAUACUCAACAUCAUCAUAAUCAAGAACAACCUAAUCAAUUUAUUAGCGAACACAAACAAUAUACAUUUUGUCAUUCUGAAAACACACCCACCACACAAGUUCACAAUGAUUUUUGGCAUAAUCAACGUAACGUAGAAAAUUAUAUACCUGUAAAUAAUACAGAAAGUCAGCAUUCCAAUAAUUCUGAGAAACAUUAUAAUGUUGACCAUCAGCACAACCAUCAACACAACCAUCAAUACACCCAUCAGCAUUCUUACAGUAAUGUAACAGUUCCAGAAGAAACAAGACAUUAUCGGCAACAUGUUGAUCAUGACCAUACUUAUCAGCAUUCUUAUAAUGGUGAUCACAGAUCAUUUCCAGAAGAAACAAAACAGCAUGAAUAUGUUGAUUAUCAACAUGUUCACCAUCAUCACUCGCCUAAUUACAGCAACAGAGAGUUGCAAGAAGAAUCAAAGCAACAUCAACAGAAUGAAACACUUUUUGUUGAUCAUCAGCAGAGUCAGCAUCAUCAAACGUAUGAUAAUGUAACUAAUCAAGAAGCUACUCAACAUUAUGAGCAAGAGAACCAAACUCAUCAUACGAGAGAAGAAUAUAUAAAUGAUAAAAUUGAUCAUGCACAGCCUAAUGAAAUUAAUAUAGUUCAUCAUAACGAUUUCUCUAUUAAACAUAAUGUUGAACAAAAUGAAAAUGUAAACAUUACAGACGUACGGACUAAUCCACUGAUAUCUACUAGUCCUCCUCCUGAUUCCAAACCUUGUACAGACAUCCACAAUGUAGCAACGCAAUCUGACCCACACAUAACGGAAGACAGUUCAAAUGCUGGUCUUGCUGGUGCCUUGGCUCAAAUUACAUUGGGUGAACCAAGAAGCGCUGAACAAAUUGCAUUAGAAGAACAUAUGCGAAAACAAAGUUGGGAGCAAGGACACAUUGAUUAUAUGGGCCGUGAUAGCUUCGACAAUAUUUGGAAGAAAAUCUGCCAAACCCUCUCUCUUGCACCAUCCCGAUUACCUUCUCCUCCCAAGGAAACGGAAAAAUCUGAGAAACCUGAGACCGAUGAGACUGCUAAAUCUACUGAGUCUACUGAAGUUGUUGAACCUAAUCAACUUACUGAAUCUAUAGAUGAGGUGGAUAAAGGAACUGCUCAAGCAACACCCAGUCAUAGCGAAGAACAAUCUCUACUUAACAAUGUUCCUGUAAUAGAUAAUGAUAAUACAGAAUCUAAAUUAUUCGAGAAAAACGAACAAAUUACUAAUACUUUGAUUUCUGAUGAAAAAACUGAAAAAGAACAAAAAUCAAUAUCCGAAGAAAUACCAAAAGAUAUUUCCCAAAAAUCUUCGAUAAUGACAGAAAGUAAAUCCCCUAGCAUAGUUGCAACUGUGCCUUCCACACAAUUCGCAUCAGAGACACCUAAAGAAGUUUUAAGUGAACUUGAUGCGAGUUUACUAUUAAAAGAAGUCUCACAAGAAAAAACUGAAUCUAUAUUACCACAAGAUUCAGUUCAGUCAUGUUUGGUUGAAGAACAAAAUGUUGAAGCAUUGCGUAACAAAGAUAAUGCAAACUUCGUUAUUCCAACUGAACUUUCAAGUAAUGUAACAAACCUCGAAAUUGCUGUAGAUACUCAAGAAAUAAAGCCAGAUAUUAUAGACGAAAAACACGCAAAAGAAUUAUCUACUGCUUCUGAAGUCCUUACAGUCAGCCCGGUACCAAUACAAGUUGCAGAAUCAGUUCUUCAAGUAGAGCCCAAAGAGUCUGUGUCAGAUUCUCAAGCAAUGAUUCAAGAAAUUCUUUCUUCGACAAUAACUCCUGUUCAUGAAUCUAACAUACCUUGUUCCAAAACAUCGCAAGAUCCAGAAAGGAAAAUACAAGAAAAUGGAUCAGCGACCGCAGUAGAACCCGUUCAAAAUAUAAAGAAACUGGAUUCAGAUGCUAUCACGGGUGUAGCAAGUGUCGAUACUACUGAUAAAUCGAGUGAAUUAUGUACAAAAACAACAGAAGUUGCACAAAUUUCAGCUCCUGCAGAACAAUCUCAACUUACAGAAGCAUCUGCGUCAUCAUUGAGUAUUACAACCGACACAAAAAUACCAGAAACUUGCACUGAUAAAAAUUUGCCACAAGAAACCGAAUCAGCGCAAGAAGCUAAAGAAUCUGAAACAUCGACGACAAAAGAAACAUCAGAAUUACCAAAGUCUGUAUCAGAAUCCGAAGUAGCUAAGUCACCAUCAUCAACAGAAAGCCCAGUUAGACUGUCAAGAGCGAAAGAAUUAAGUCUACCCUCAAAAAGUUCUCAAGAAUCUCCAUCCCAAGAGAAAGAAAAAGUAACGAAAAAAACUGUAAAGAAAUCUUUAGAGAAGUCUGCGUCAGAGGGAGAGCCUGCAGAAGUAGUGGAGGGUGAUAAUAGCGGGAAAAAAGUUGUGAAAAAGGUAGUAAAAAAGAUUACGAAGAAACCUAAAGCGAAGCCAGAAGAAGGAUUAGAUGAUGGUGCAGAAGAAAGUAAUUCUGCUAGUAAACCAAAAAAGACUGUAAAGGUUGUUAAGAAAGGUACAAAAUCUGGGCCAGCUCCUGACACAGAUACACCUGUUCCUGAAAACCCAUCAUCUAGUACUUCCGAUGCACCAGUCCCACCUAAAAGAAAAGCAAAAACCGCAGCUGCAAAACCAGUUGUUAAAAAAUCCGACGUAGAAUAAUAACACGAUACAGAAACUGACAAUAAUAUUGAAAAUAUACUUUGAAGUUUCAAAAUUAAGAAUCAUGAAAACAAGAAAGUAAUAAAAGGUGAUACUUACUACUAGUCUCUCCUAAUUUUUAUACUUUUAAUAUGUUUCGAAUUAUAUCGCCCACAGUUUUUUUUGAUGUUUGAAUGCUUAUAAAUUUCCAAGCAGCAUUAUAUUCCAAUGUUAUGUUUUGCUUCGUAAUUUAUACAUAUUUUAUAUGACGUGCCCUUUUUAAUUAAGUAUCAACGCUAAAUAAAAGCUUUCUUUUUGUAUUUUACCCUCACUUAUAUAUUUACGUAUAUCUUUGGAGUAAAAGUAAUACCGUUUAGGUAUAAUGUUCUGUAAUUAUUACUUUAUUAAUAUAUUAUUUUAAUAUGUGUCUUGA